AUGGCUUCAAGGAUCAGAGAACUGCACAACGCCAAAUUAUCUUCGAUAAAUUGGCCGAUCGCAACAUUCUUGAUCGUUAUUCCUUUGGCAGCCAUUACAAGUCUUCUAUGGGUUCCCAUUAUCCAGAAUACUGUCUACUUCAUGCUCAUCUAUAUCAUUAUACGUGGAAUGUCCAUUACAGCUGGCUAUCACAGACUCUGGUCUCAUCGCACUUAUACUGCAAGUACGCCUCUGAAAGUCAUCCUCGCCAUCCUUGGUGCAGGCGCAGGACAAGGCAGUAUCAAGUUUUGGUGUCGCGGUCACCGGGCGCACCAUCGCUAUGUCGACACAGAUCAGGAUCCCUACAAUAUACAGAAGGGCUUUUUCUAUGCACAUCUCGGUUGGAUGUUAGUCAAAGAUAAGCGAUCACUUGGCAAGAUUUCUAUCGCUGGACGUGUGGAUAUUAGCGACCUCAAACAUGACCCUAUUGUCCAGUGGCAACAUAGGUACUAUUUGCCAUUACUCUUCAUUAUGGGAUAUGCGUUGCCCACAUUCAUAUGUGGUAUACUAUUCGACGACCCUGUUGGCGGGUUUGUACUCGGAGGUUGCAUAGGAACAGGCAUCGGGCAACAGGGAACAUUUUGCGUGAACUCUUUCGCACAUUGGAUAGGAUCACAGCCAUAUGCAAGUACAAAGUCGCCGCGAAAUAACUUUUUAACGGCUCUGAUAACAUUCGGAGAAGGGUAUCAUAAUUUCCAUCAUGAAUUCCCAAUCGAUUACCGAAAUGGGAUUCGAUACUAUGACUUCGAUCCUACAAAGUGGUUGAUAUGGACAUGUUCCCAGAUUGGUCUCGCCACUAAUCUAAGACGUUUUCCUCAAAAUGAGAUUAAAAAAGGCAGAAUCCAGCGAGAGCAGGAGAAGAUAAAUCAGAAGUCCAAGAUUGUGGAUUGGGGCGUCCCGCUGUCAGAUUUACCUGUCAUUACGUGGGAGGAAUAUCAACAACAAGCAAGAACAGGGUGUAAUUUGAUUGUGAUUAAAGGGGUAGCUCACGAAGUUUCUGCAUUCGUUACGGAGCACCCAGGCGGAGCGACAUUGAUUACCGGGGCAGUAGGUAGAGAUGCGACAGACAUGUUUGAAGGGGGAGUUUAUGAACAUUCAAAUGCAGCUUCUAACCUCUUGGCCUCGAUGAGAGUAGCCAUAAUCGGAGAUGAUAUGAGCUAG